UCUGUCUCAUCUCAGUCUCUGAUCCGGAGGAGAGGGCAGCACAGCCUUAGGAAGAAUGGAUAAGCAUGGAGUGAAGACCCCCUUGUGGAAGAAGGAACUGGCCGAGCCGCCGUCCAGCGAGGCGGAGGCGGCCGCAGAGGAGGGGUCGGAGGAAGGGGAAGAAGAAGAGGACGAGGAGGAGGAGGAGGCGGCGGCAGCGAGGCCGCGGGAGCAGAGUGGGGCGGAGGGCGAGGCGCCGCGCGGGGAGGCGGAGGGCGGCGAGGGCCGCGAGAGAGGCUCGGUGUCCUACUGCCCGUUGCGCCAGGAGUCCAGUACCCAGCAGGUGGCGCUGCUGCGACGCGCGGACAGCGGCUUCUGGGGCUGGCUCGGGCCGCUCGCGCUGCUGGGCGGCCUGGCGGCUCCCGCGGACAGGAAGAGGAGCCUCCCGGAGCCGCCUUGCGUGCUGGAGACGAGGCGCCGGCCUCCUCGCGCGGGGGGCUGUGCGCGCUGCGAGAUCCUUUUCUGCAAGAAGUGCAGGAACCUGCACAGCCACCCGGCCUACGUGGCGCACUGCAUUCUGGAGCACUCCAGUCCACGUAAGGCGCGGGCUUCGGGGGGCGCGGGGGCCGCCAGGUGCCCCUGAGCGCGCCCGCCGCCAACCCUGGUGCCCUCCGUCUGCGCCUGACCCCGGCCUCUCCGCCA